GGUAAUUCACGCAGGUAUCUCUCCCCUUGGAACGGUUUGGGGGCUGGACGAACAAGGGAACCUGUUUCCUAAUACUUGGAUGCUAGGACCCCGUGGUAGCUUGUUGACUCGAAGUUUCGUAUGCGAAGGUCCUCGUUGCAACUCAUUUCCUUGUAUAUUGUUCGCUGACAGCUGGAUACUUAAACACCCGUCGAUUUCCAAAUAUCCCUCACCACGUCUAGGGUCUCCCCUCUACCUCUGAACGCUCGUUGUGUUCACAUAUCGCUAUUCCCCUUAUCCUUGUCCGUAGUUUUCCGUUGCAAGCCAUCUUGACUCUAUGGGUAGUGUCAAGACUUCCAAGGUUUCUCAUUCCAAAGAGGCCAAUUCCGCAAAGAAUUCUUCGGAGAAUAUGACACCUGGACGUCGCAGAACGUCGCGUUCUAAUGGCAAAAAGGAGCCUGUUUCUUGUGACGAUUGUGGGAAGAAAAUCUCAAACCCAGGUGACUUAAGCCGUCACCGACGCACACAUAAUAAUUUUGGACCGUGCUACAUUUGUUGUAAUUGUAACAGACAAUGUCGAGAACUCCAUAACCUCGUAACCCAUAUGGAGACGAAGCAUUAUGGCGAGAAUGAAAAUGCUCCCAACAACGUUCAACAUGAAGGGCCUGAUAGCAGGCGUACUCUCAUAGGAAGCUCAGACCUUAAUAAGGUCGUUCGUGGCCUUUGCAAUCUCCACGCUAAAGGAGCACCUGAAAUCAAUUUUCGUCUGCCUACAGAGAGUAGUAAGCUCUGUUUCUCGCAAGGGGGUGGUGUUCCGUACUACUAUCUAUAUGUCACGAAACAUAACGAAUGGGAGCUCGAGGCGUUGAGAAAGCGGGGGAGAGAGCCUUUAAAGACUUUGGUGCAUGACGUUUACGACGCCUUUAGAGCCCUCACGUCGCCUACAGUGAGCCACCGCAUGUCUGAAGACUCUUGGAGGCUCUCCGUUCCUGGGAUCGACGCCUCAACUACUAUGUCCGGUUAUUCGUAUCGCGUUCCUGAUCUACCUCGCGCAUCUUCAAGUAAGGUGGCCACCGCUCCUCGCAUCGCAUUUGAUAACAUUCCCCACCUCACUUACCGUUCAUGCCCCUCGCUGUCAUUUACCACUUCAGGCGUUCAACCUCGUCCUCGUUCCCAGGUCGAGUAUCGACACUAUCCAGAUGGGGUCCUCGAGGACUCUCGUCCCGUCCCGUCCCCUGCCCUGCCCACAGCUAGCGCCAUUCCUAAUCCGCAGCGAUAUCACUCAGUCAAUGUCAAUUCUGGCUAUCCGCCCGACAGCGUCGAACAGCGGAUAGGGUCGGGGCUAACUGGUGCAUUUGCCUCUCCCCCUUCCCCAGGCUAUCGUCCCCAUAUUGCUACACCGCCCACUGAUCAUUCACGGCGUGUGCAUUCGUCGUCGCCGUUUUCGCCGGUCCCAUUGUCCUUGCCCACAUUACGUCCCGCCAAGUGGACCGACGAUGACAUCAGCUAUGCUAGGCGGGCUUUCGCCAGUUUCAUCAACUAGUCCUUCGACGGCACGGCUUCAAAUGCUUAAAACCAAAAGGCAUCGUUGUUCGCGACUGUGUUGUGUUUUUGCCAUCAGUUAUCUCACCUGUCUCAUGUUACAUACCACUUGUUACGUCCUCCUCCGUUGCUAUCGCUCCCGUUAUUUUACUGUAUUUCUUCCGUCAUGCUCUUUAUGCUUUUGGUGUCCCCCCCCCUCUGGUCGUAUUACUUGUUGGUUUUUGAUUGCUGUUUUAACACUAAUUCCCCGCGUCCCUUAACGCGUCUUUAUGUAUCGUCAGCGUACCGUGUUGUAUUUACAUUCUCUAUCGUAUUAUCAUUGUAUGGCUCCCAUAAACACAUUGACAUGAAGGAUCCUCAAUGUCGGUACAUCUCAUACUUUCAUACUGUAGACUUCUGAUCGAGCGAGCAAAGUUCAGACUUC